AUGGGAGUGUUCGUGGAAAAUUCAGGCCAAUCCCACAGGUGCAUCGCGAAACAAUUUGGAAUCGACAAUUGGACCGUGUCCCGUGUGGUAAAAUCGUUCAAGGAGACCCAGACGAUCCAGCGACGAGCUGGCAGCGGAAGAAAAACGAAGACGACCGACCCCGUGAACGCAAGGAAGGCGAGGGAUUGCUUCAAGCGCAAUCUAAACCUUCCGAUUCGAGACGUGGCUAAGAAGGUCAAUUCUUCCGUCUGGUUCGUCCAGCAAACAAUUAAGUGGGCUGGACUUCAUGUCUUCAAGGUAAGGAAGACACCCAACCGAACUGAUAAACAGAAAACGGUGGCCAAAUCCCGUGCCCAGAAGCUGUACCGCGAGUGGUUGGUUGGUGCAGAGACGUACUACAUUAAAGUGGACGCCAAGUAG